GAUACCGCUGGCACUCAGCCUGACCCUGAAAAGGCAACAUUUUCACUUCGAAUUCAAUUAUUGAGUUUUUCUCGCCGUCUCUAAGCGGUAUUAUACCUUCUUCGUUUCACGCUUGCCAUCUCACCAUGUCCCUAGCGACCCCGGGUAGUAAGCGCAGCCGUCUCCGACAGUUGCUCCCCUUCCGCAGUUCCACUCCCCCUAGCAAACCAAGCUCCCCAGCAGCAUCCCCAGCAGCAUCCCCAGCUCCUGCCACGCAGUCUAACGCUUCGGGAACGUCGACUGCGACGCAGCAAGAUUUCCAAACCCGAGUCUUCCUUCAUCUCUCCCUGCAGGAUCAAGACACCAUUCAACAACAUAGCGUGACGAAAACGACGGAUGUGGAUGCACUCGUACAGCAAGCCCUCGCGGCGGCGAGGGAGAAGCAGACGACAUGCCAGGCGAAAAGAUGGACUUGGAAAUUUCACGGGCAUACUGUCACCUUACAAGAAGAGGCAGACAAUAUUAUAAAAUGGCUAGAUCGCUUUAAGCAGGUGGGAGAUGUUGCCUCCAACGUCGAUCCUGUGCAUGUGGGACUUCCGUGGGCUGGCAUUCGUCUUCUUUUGGAGGCCGCAAUUUCCGCGCAAAGCCAGAUGGCGGCUCUCCUCCUUGGUCUUGAAACAGCGCUCUAUCUCUCGAACCGUCUCCGAGUGUACAUAGAAUAUUUGACCACUCUUCCGGCUAGUCAAGCUCGUACCAAUUUCGAAACCUCCUUGGUCGAGUUUUAUGCGUUGAUAUUACAAUUUCUCGCAGGCGCAGUUCGCAUCUAUCAAAGAGGCAGUAUCACACGUGCGUUUGACGCAUUCUGGCGAAUCGAAGAUGUGUCGGCCUUUGAGAAUGCCUGCAAUAAAAUGGCCAGCCGUGCCGAGAUCGAUGCGAGCAUCUGUGAUCGAGACUUGAACGCUACUAACCGAGCAGCGGUGAAGCGGCAACAAGAAGAUCUCCGGCAAGUUUUGAAGCAGUUGGAAGCCAUACAUCUUAUACGGACUGGCAUCGAUAGACUCGAGGCUAAAUUCGACCUCAGCAAGCUCCCGGUGGCAACGGGGGCCGCUUUCAACUCUCACCAAAGCGAACACGAUGCUCGAUGUCAUCCAGACACUCGGGUAGACUUACUCCGAGGGAUCUAUGACUGGGCCGAUGACAUCGAUGGAAAAUGCAUUUUUUGGUUAAGAGGUUCGGCAGGGACGGGUAAGUCGACGAUAUCUCGCACGGUUGCCGAGGCGUUCGCCAACAAAGGGCGGCUGGGCGCCAGUUUCUUCUUCAAGCGAGGCGAGCACGAUCGUGAGAAUGCGAGUCUCUUCUUCCCCACUAUUGCGGCCGGCUUAGUCCGCCAUAUACCGGAAUUAGCAACCCCCAUUCACCAGGCGAUCGAUGAGGACCCCGGGAUCGUCCGCGAGACUUUAAGGGAACAGUUCGAAAAGCUUAUCUAUCAGCCUUUGGCUGGCAUUGGUCCUACCUCGUCUGCAAGACCAAUCUUAGUUAUCGAUGCGCUGGACGAGUGUGACCGAGAAGGAGAUAUACGCACUAUUCUCUCUCUCCUGGCUAGUUUACGGCGACUCAGUUCAGUCCAUAUACAAGUCUUUCUGACCAGUCGACCGGACCUACCGAUCAAUCUCGGUUUUGCACAAAUCGGCACCGAAACCCAUCGCGAUGUCGCUCUUCACGAUAUUCCACCUUCCACGAUCCGCCAUGACAUCUCCGUCUACCUAGAAAGUGAAUUCCAACGGAUUCGCGAUGAGCAUAACAGUCUUUGGCCAAGAGAUCAAGCACUGGCUCCCCACUGGCCAGGCCGGCAGACUCUGGAGUCCUUAAUUCAACUGUCCGAUCCACUUUUCAUCGUGGCUGCCACGAUUUCCCGCUUCAUUGGUGGCAGUCGCGGUGACCCCCACGACCGACUGGCGACGUUUCUCGUUCAGCUCAACACUGGGCAAAUGACCCAAAUGGAGCAAACGUAUCUUCCGGCGCUCCGGCAGAUAUUGGUCGACGUCGAGGAGCCCAAAGAAAAGGAUAAGCUUUGUCACGAUUUCCGUGAAAUUGUGGGUUCGAUCAUUCUCUUGGCCAAUCCCUUGUCCACGAUUUCCCUCUCCCAAUUACUCCAGAUUCCUAGACGGAAAAUUGAUCACCAGCUACGACUUCUUCACUCGGUGCUGUCUGUGCCUUCCAACCCUGAUAUGCCGGUUACGUUGUUCCACCUCUCCUUCCGGGAAUUCCUCGUGAAAGAAAGCAACUCUGAUCAAGCACGACUAUUUGCGAUUGAUGAGUCCUGCGCGCAUACAAAACUGAGCGAUAAAUGCCUUGCAUUACUUCAGAGUCCUAACGGUCUUCGAAAGGAUAUCUGCCAACUACAGCACCCUGGCGUCUUGCGGGAAGACAUCGACGAGACCACCGUCACCGAACACAUUCCGCCUUCUCUCCGAUAUGCCUGCCGCUACUGGGUCUACCACCUCCAGCACAGCGAACAAAAGAUCCGUGACGAUGAUGUCGCUGCCAAUUUCCUACGGAAGCACUUUCUACAUUGGCUCGAAUCGUUGAGCCUUCUAGGGAGCAUCUCCGAGAGCGUUAACUUAGUCGUCACAUUACAAUCGCUCGUGGAAGAGAAUGGCCAAAUAUCGGCCUUUAUACAAGAUGCGCGACGGUUUGUGCUAACAUUCAAUCUCAUUCUUGCGCAAGCGCCGUUACAGGUGUAUGCCAGUGCUUGGCAUUUCAGCCCACUCGCCAGCAUUGUCCGCAACGAUUUCCAGGAUCAAGCAUUACAAUGUGUCCGAGUGAUAAGAGAAAUCCCAGAGCGGUGGAGCGCAUGCUUACUAACUUAUGAGGGCCACUCUAGUACGGUCAAUAGCGUGGUCUUCUCGCCUGACGGGUCGCGCGUCGCCUCUGGCGCCGGCGACAACACCGUACGACUGUGGGAUGUACAGACGGGCGCGUGCGAGCAGACACUCGAGGGCCACUCUAACUGGGUCAACAGCAUGGUCUUCUCGCCUGACGGGUCGCGCAUCGCCUCUAGCUCCUACGACAAUACGGUGCGGGUGUGGGAUGUUACUACCGGAGCUGAGUUACUGUGCUACAAUUCUCAUACCUACGACAACCAUAUUGAAUUUGUUGACAAUGGCUCAAAUAUUCUAGCCAAUGGUCAAGUCAUAAAUAUUCCACAACAGUUACCACGACCUACCGUUACAACAACGCAGUCACCUAACUUUAACUUACCAUCCGGUGGUGCAUUCGGAGUCACUGGUGACUGGAUUACAUGGAGCUCACAGAGAGUAUUAUGGCUGCCGCCUGAAUAUCGUCCUACAUCAUGGCAAGGCCAAAGCGAUAUUAUUGUCAUCGGGAGCGGAAAUGGUCGUGUUACUUUUGUGCGUCGGACUGUGUAGCCAUCCUCCGAUCAAAG